AUGAAGGACUACCUGGCUGCUGGCGCCCGUGGCUCGGAUGCGGUUUGGGACGCCGCGCGCUCGGUGGAGCCCGGCGGCGACUCAGCGGCAGUGGGGCGGGUCGGAUACAACCAGGCCUUUGAACAGGUGUUCCAGGCGUUUGAGCAGCGGCUGCCUGUUGAGGGGGUGCGGGAGCUCUGCGCGCGCGGCGCCGUGGAGCCGGGCAAGUACCCGUACGACUGCCCGGGGGAUACCCUCCUUGAUGUGUCGUGGCACGAGACCGCAAACGACGUGGGCGGCGCGUGGGGCCGGUUUUUGAUGCGGCCAGACUUGAGGACGGUGGUGGAGUCGGUCCGUUGGGCGGUGGACGCGUCGGGCAUCAUCGACCUGCGGCGGCUGCGGGACGAGAUCAUUUUCGCCACCCUGCCGCCGCUGCCAAACAUCUACUUUGCGUGGAACCCCAACAACUCGGGGCCGCUGUACUUCCUAGUCUGCCUCACGCUGGGGGUGGUGGUGCCGGCGCUUCGGUGA